CGCAGUCGAUGAUCUCCUUCGCGGUCCAUGAUCGAUGGUAUUGAGUUCGUCGUCGUAUGCUGGACCCAGAACCUUACUAUAUACUCAUCGCCUUUCUGCCCAUUAGGCUCGUUCGCUGGAUGGGCUCGGAUUCAUACCGAUAUCAAUCAGGGUUGUUCCGAGAGAGCGUUAUCCGAUACGAAGAUAAUCCUGAUAAGCGCCACAAAUGAUGGCGAAUCGACUGCUAUCUCCCCCAGAACGUUAUCGUUCGCGACCGCGACGCCCCCGGACUCGGAAUGUACCGAUUGCGCUAUAUGAACCCCAGACUGGGCCCCCUCAACAUAUCGACAUGAAGUAGAUCCGCUCAUGCCUUGCGACGUGCUGCGAUGGAGGAAUUAUCGCACCGCCAAAAGCCAUACCCGUCGGUAACAACGAAAAUGGGGAAGAGUGUUGAGUCCGUCCAGGACCAGCAAGAUGUGGAGGUCGGCGUGGUGGCAGCCCUGGCUCAGGAAGGGCCGGGCCUCAAGCGCAAUUUCAACAUGAUCAGCAUCAUGGCCCUGGGGUUCAACACAUCCAACAGUUGGAUUGCUAUUGCAGGAAGCUUGCCCCUGGCUAUUGCAGGAGGUGGCACGGUGACCUUACUGUACGGUAUCUUGGUGGUGUGCUUUGCAAUGUCCUGCACUGGGCUCAGCCUGGCUGAGCUGGCAGCUGUGUAUCCAUCGGCCGGUGGCCAAUAUUACUUCACUUCCAUGUUGGCUCCGGCCCAGCAUCGGCGGUGGUUGUCCUACCUGUGUGGAAUCAUCGGUAUCUGGUCAUGGGUGGCCAUCGCUGCUUCGCUGUCAUUGAUGAUCACGGAGGGUAUCAUGGCUUUGGUUCUCACCUAUCACCCUACCUUCCUUCCACAAUCCUGGCAUUACUUUCUUAUGUAUCAAGCGGUGCAUAUCAUUGCCCUGGCAUACAAUAUUGGGCUACUGCCCAAGACGGUCUGGGUCUAUGACUGGGCCUUCUACUUCUCCCUGGCCCUGUUUGUUAUCACCACAAUCGUCUGCCCCGCACGCUCGGCCGUUCAUGCAGACUCGUCCACCGUCUGGGGUCAUUUCGUCAACUCCUCAAAUGGGUACUGGUCGAAUGUAAUUGUAUUCCUGACCGGUCUGUCGACCCCGUCCUACAUGCUCAUCGGUCUGGACGCCACGAUGCACAUGGCAGACGAGUGUCUUGAACCAGCACGGACAAUUCCGCGUGCCAUCUUGUCGACCGUGGGCAUUGGUUCUGUGGCUGCCUUCGCGUUUGCCUUGGCCAUGUGCUACAGUGUGACCGACUUUGACAGUCUGGUUGAUGCAGCCUCAGGGUUCCCAAUCUACGAUCUAUGGGCACAGGCAAGCCGAUCGACAACCUGCGCGACGGUUUUUCUCGUCGUGAUGAUUUCGAUCAUGUUUGUUUCAGCUUGCGCGAUCCAUUCUACUGCCUCACGGUUGACCUGGUCGUUUGCAUGCGACAACGGAAUCUUCCUCUCGGGGUACUUGAAGCAGCUGGACCACCGACAGGGCGUUCCUCUAUACGCUCUAGGCCUCAAUUUUAUUGCCUGCUUCGUGAUCGGAUUCCUCUACCUCGCGUCUUCUUCCGUCUUCAAUGCGUUUGUCGGAACUGCCAGCAUUCUGUCGCAGAUUUCCGUCACGCUACCAAUCGCAUUGCUCAUCUGGCAGCGUCGGUCGGAGAUCUACCUCCCCAGCGGACGCCACUUCGGUCUUUCGUCGGGACUGGGCUACUGCUGCAACAUCGUCGCUGUGGUCUAUACCAUAAUCGUCACGAUCUUUCUCUGUUUCCCCACAUCCUUUCCGCUUACGGGUGGCAAUAUGAACUAUACCGCUCCAGUUCUCGGGGUAAUUGCAAUCCUAACCGGGCUGAAUUGGGUGUUCUAUGCGCGUAGUCGAUACGAGGGUGCUCACGUGGGGUAGCGUACAUCGCAUCGGUGGACUUUUCCUAGAUAAUGAACUUAUGACGCUGGCGUUGAAUCCACUCGGAAAAGCUU